AUGGCUGACGUACAAUCAGAAAAAGCCUUCCAAAAGCAAAAUACUAUUUUCAGACGUAGAGUCUACAAGACCCAAACUAAGACCCGUGAAGGUAUUAGAUAUUGGAAGGCCAUCGGUCUCGGUUUCAAGACACCAGCUGAAGCCAUCAACGGUACCUACAUUGAUAACAAGUGUCCAUUCACCUCUGAUGUCUCCAUCCGUGGUGCUAUCUUCAAGGGUCAAGUCAUCUCCAACAAGAUGAAGCGUACUGUCAUUGUCCGUAGAGAUUAUCUCCACUACAUCAAGAAGUACAACCGUUUUGAAAAGAGACACUCCAACAUCCCAGCUCAUGCUUCCCCAGCUUUCAACAUCAAGGAAGGUGACACUGUUACCAUUGGUCAAUGCAGACCACUCACCAAGACUGUUAAGUUCAACGUCAUCAGACACGACUCUAGCAUGCUCACCAAGAAGCAAUUCAAGCAAUUCUAA